AAUGCCGAUUUACAAGCGGAUCUGGGCGGGCCUAUUAAUCACCAAGCAAAAGCUACAACCGUACCAUCGGAAAUCCUCAAGACCAGGCCAAUCAGUGGCGGUCAUUGGGUUUCUGUCGGCAUUCUGUCAGCACUAAUCGCCAGCUCGCCUAUGCGAGGCUUCCCAUAACCUUUCAAUAUUUUUUAAAGUUUAUGAGUGUGGAUCGUGACCGAAUACGGAUUCUCGUCCGAGCUUUGUGAGGGUACAGAGCUGACGAUUGAAGCGCAUGUUGCAGUGGUGGCUGCGGCACAGUGCCAAACUUCAGCCCUGCUUCUCUCAACCUCGCUAUUUCUACCAUUGGCCAUCCAGCGGCGGAGAGAAAGAUCUUCUCGAAGCUUUCGUUUUUUGUGACUUCUGAGCGAGAUGCCAGCUGCAGACGGAGAGAAGAAAUGUCGGCAAGGAGGGCCAAAGACAAAAACAGGAUGUGCCACGUGCAAGUGAGCAUCUUGAUCAAUUUCCCACAUCGGAAACUUACCUCGCCAGAACUCGACGGGUCAAAUGCGACGAAGGUAAACCGCGUUGUCAACGGUGCGAGAAGGCAAAUGUAAGUGAGACGAAUUCGUCACUGAGCGCUACUGAGAGCCUCUAUCACUCUGUACUGUUUACCAAAUUUGGAGCGCAUAACACCAACUGUCACAUCUUCUAGUGGCCAUGCAAGUAUAUUCCAGUGAGGAAAGGACCAUUACAGAGGACGACAAGAACUAUAUUGCCAUCUCGGCAAAUCUGCACAGUCCGUGGCGCGGGAACAAACCAUGGCCUCCAGCGGUUACUUCCACAUUUGUCGAGCUUCGGAUCCCAAGAUGAAUACCGAUAUUUUCAGGUCUUCCAGACAAAUACUGCGCCAGAGCUAACGGGUUACUUUGAUUCCAACAUAUGGAAUCGGCUGAUACUCCAAGCAUGUCAUCACGAACCUUAUGCAUGGCACGCUGUUGUGGCGAUUGGAGCACUACGUAAGUCCCUAAAGAUAUCGCAGCUUACGAAACCACGGCGCCCGACUCUGGCAAGACCUGAUGAUGAUGGCAGUACCCAUCAUGUCUUUGCUUUGCAGCAAUAUGGGAAAUCACUUCGACUAAUGAAGGAAAUCUUGACGCAAGGAGAUGAAUCCAAAUUUCACAACUCUCUCAUAUCUUCUCUACUGAUGAUCUGUUUCGAGACCUACCUGGGUAAUCAGGAACUGGCCUUGACACAAAUUCGGACAGGUGUCGACAUACUCUUCAGCUGGCCCUUCAAAUGCAGACUGCAAGACGAUGACUUUUCCUCCAUGAAGCUUUUGGCCAAGAACUACUCAUUUGUUGAUCAGGAUAUUGUCAGCACGUUCCUUCUUCUGGAUUUUCAGGCUAUGACAUCUGAUAACAGAGAUACCAGAGGGAUGUUGAGCAAAAAGUACCCCGAUAUCCCGCCAAGGUUCGAAACAGUCAAAGAAGCUCGAAUGGUUCUUGAGGUAAUCGUCCGACGGCUGCGGCAGUGGCGCACAACUGUUCAUACCCAACAUAAUCCCUACGUCGCAACAUUCGGUGUUGAAAAUUGUGCCGACCUGGGCUGCAACAAUCAGGUCACUUCACAACUUGAAGAUUAUUUCGAAACGAUAAAAUUGUGGUAUCAUGCGUUCAAACCCGUGUUCGAUGUGGCACGGAAAAAGCGAGGAUGCAAGGAAUACUUCGGAGCCAAUCUCCUAAUGGCAAGAUAUAUCCCCAUCCGAUUCCUGUUUCUGGUCGCGGAUGGAAACGAGACAGGUUCCGAUGUGUAUUUGCCCGAGUGCACCGUAGCUGUGGAUCUCCUGGAGGAAGUCUUGGAGCAAGAUCCUAACAUGAAACCUGGACAAGCUACCUUUGUAUUCAAUAACCAUUAUGUGCUCGGAGUCUUCGUUAUAGCGCUUCGAUGUAGAGACCCUACUCUACGUAGACGCGCAAUAGCUAUAAUGUUCAAGUAUCCAAGACGGGAGGGCUUGUGGGACAGCGUAAUGGCGGCGAAGGUGGCUUCCUGGGUUAUGCUCGAAGAAGAGAAGGGUAUGGUUGAUGGAUUUGUACCAGAGUCUGCAAGACUGAGGAUUGUGAAGAAUGACUUCUCGUUAUCUGAGAGAAAGACAGUGGUUCGCUGCUCCAGGUUAGCAGCUGAAGGGUCCAAGGAGAGAAUAUUACUUCCGGAGGUUACACUUACCUGGUGAUACUUCCUUGUUGGAGACAUUCAUAGGCGGAUGAAUAUACAAGACAAAGAGAAUGAAAUGGAC